AUGCUUGCUGGAAGACGUGCUAUAGUCACUGGAGCCUCUAGAGGCAUUGGAUUGAGUAUCUCCAAGUCGCUAGCUGAAUUGGGUGCUUCGGUUACUUUGCUAGCCAGAGACUCGGACGCUUUGUAUGAUAACAUCAGGAACUUGGCCAAACCUGAGAACCAGGAACAUAAGUUCGUUUCUUAUAACCUUUUGGACUUGGCUCGUGGCAAGGAACCUGAAAACCAUGGAUUUUUGAUUGAAGCUUUGAAUGAAUCGUCUAUUCUUGUCAAUUGCGCUGGCACGACCACUAAUACCCUUUUGGCUAGAGCCCCUGAGCUGACAAUAGUUGAUACCCUAGGCACUAACCUUGUUGCACCAGUUAUACUUAGCAAGUUGGCCAUCAAACCAUUUACGAAGAUCGCUAAACUGCAAGAACAGAAACCUGUCAUUGUCAAUGUCUCCUCGGUGCUUUCAUUCACUGGACUUACCAGUCCAGGCACUACAGUGUACGCAGCCCUGAAAGCUGGUCUUUUAGGCUUCACCAAAUCGCUUGCUGACGAGUUGAGAGGGACUAUUCGUGUCAAUUCAGUGUUGCCAGCGUUGGUCAAGGAGACUGAUAUGGGUAAGAAAGCUCCAGCAGGUAACAACUUUCCUGUUAUUCAGAUGGAGGAUGCGGUCAAUAAUACCAUAGAGCUCAUUACGGACGAGUCCUUGAACGGACAAUUACUAAUUGCUGACGGAAAGGGCCACCGUUUCUUAGAACCUGCUUCGUAG